AUCAAAUGUCAAAUCCGGGGCUUUUGUGUUGUAUUUGCGAAUUUUUCCAUAGUAUGUGCAAUUUGAGUUACAAAUUUAGAGUUAUUUGGUUUUAGUUUCGGUGAAAAGUAUAGUGCGUCGUUUUUUCAACUCUAAUAUUUGAAGGUGAUAUUGGGAAACACAUGUAUUUUGCAAAAAAAUAAUUCGGAUCACCAAUAUUACUGCGGGAAGCCUCAGUCAGCUUUGCGGUCUGGCCUGGCGCAGAAGUGCCUUAUUAAAGUUUAAUCAUAAUAACUUUGAUUACUCGAGCAUUUAUUUCGUGUGUUUUUUGUGUAAACGCUAAGUUGGGUUGUGGAGGAUGUAGUCGGCGUUUGGAAAAAGAAAACAAAAAUGUGGAGUGAUAGAUACCAAGACUCGGAGUGUACAUUUACAUUAAGAUGUUUAAAAAUUAUAAAUACAAUUACGAUUAAACAAUCCCUCAAUAUGUCCGUAGUUAAAAAGAAACCCGUAAACAUAAUUUCAAAUCAAAUUUGAGCAAUACAUUUUGUGCGAUUGUAAGAAACCGUUAAAAUAAUUACAAAUUUAAUUGGAUGGUUAUACCUAAAUAAGAUUUGCAAGUGAUAUGAAAAUAAAUUGCGGUCGAAAUUCCGUUUCAUUCACCAAAAAGCAAAUUAAUAUUUGGAUAUACAUACAUACAUACACUACAUUGCAUCAGAUAAAUAAGUGGAAAGUGUAAUAUCUGCAAAGUUUGUCGUAUUACAUUAUGGCCUUGUUGAAUAAACUAUUUUUCCCAACGGCUAGUACAUCGUCCCUGUCUUCGGUAGCAUCAUUGCCAACAACUACAACAACAUCUGCUCCAGCAUCAACGGGAGUGCGAGAAGUAAUUUCGGGACAAGGAAUUUCCGCAGUAAAAACUCUAGAUCAAGUACUCUCACGAACACCCGAUGCAAUUAGUAGUGGAGUGGCAGCAAUAACCGGCCGUCUCCCGAAAAAUAACCAACCGGUGCAAUCAAAAAAUUAUUUAAGUCAAUUUCCCUUUGAUGGCCGACAAGUACGAGUUCUGCUCUAUCGCGAAUGUGACAAGACUGGCCGCAAACUACUAUUUGACUCCAAUGCGCUGCAAAAAGUACCGCUGAAGGAAACACAUGGGAAUGUUGGCAAAACCGGAGGUGAUCGUUUUACUCGUCUCACUGAGUACACAUCGAACAAUCGCAACCGGAAUGGAAACAAGAGUAGCGGUAAAUCUCAAGCUUAUAAAUCACAUUCCAGUAACAGUUUCAUCGAAGUUUGUGAAGAGUAUGGGUAUAAGCAUAUCCAACCAAACUCUGCAGAAUUCACGAGCAUCGGUGAAAUGGUAUUCGGAGCCUCAGCCAUGUCUUUUCGCGGCACCGCAUUCAAAGUGCAUUGGUUGCAACAGCCGCCGCGUAUAUUAUGCUCACAGGUUUUUCUUACGCCAGUACAUUCGGGCAAUGGAAAUUCUCCAUACUCUACCAUUUCCACAAAUAGUCUAGCCACCCCACGUACAUCCAUCUCCAGCGAACAUGGUUCGAUCGAUAGCUUCUCUUUGAAUUCUUUCUCGAUGGUCGGCUAUCCGAUGGGUACUGGGCGACAGUUGAGUCUAACUCCUAGCGAUCGCAGUAGCUUUAUGACCACACCACUCGAUGUUCCCGAUCAACAGUCGUUAUCGACCGAGGGUAGUCGAGCUGACAGUGCGCCACGCUUUUCAUCUACAUAUAGCAAUGCCAACGAUUCGGGCUAUGACGGCAUGAGUCGCAGUCAAGUGUCCAGUGACCAAUGGUCGGCGUCAUAUCAAUACUCUACGCGGAGUAGUUUCGGCUCUGUGAUGUCCGAGCAAAUGGAUGCGUUGCAGAAGUUCAGCAUUGAAUCUGCCUAUUUUGCACAUGCGACCUCUUUCGACGAUAGCACAAGUGAUGGUAGCAUACAACGGCGUAUCUCCCGCAAUCUGCGCACUUCGUUCGAGAAUGAACAUGCAAUCAACGAUCUCAUUGGGUUCAUAAGUGAUAAUUACUCUGCUCCGGGUACGAGCAAUUGUGGUGGGAGCGAGGGUGGGAACAUGGGCAUACCGAAUUACAGACGUGCUAGCUAUAGCGCGAAUGAAUCGCGUAGCAAUCCAGAAAUCGGGCGACGACGGGACACGGCUCGAAUUGCGGCGAGUAAAUCAUUUCACCGGCGCGCUAAGCUGGGUUUGGCAGUGUGCAUCACAAUGAGCGAAUCUUUCGAAGAGGAGAUGGAGUUAUUUUGCAGUGAGCAUAUAGCGUUGUUGGAAUCUAUGCUGGGACGUUUGCGGGCUUGCACGGAACGAGCGUACAUAAAUCAUAAAGAAUUCUAUCAGGUGAUGUUCCAAGCAUGGCUAGAGACGCAACAAUGGUUCAGCGACCUCUUCACUGCUCCGCGCAUCAAGUGUCCAAUCUGGCUUAGUAUUACUACCAGCGGCAACAAGUACUCAAAAAGCGUUGCAGAGAAAUUCAUGAAAGAGCUUUGCUGGUUGCUUUCAUUGGCCGAUACUAAAGACACCAAUUUCUUUGUCAGUACAAUGCUGACGGCCAUUCUAACCCAUCAUCUGGGGUGGGUCUCUACCGUUGCCGCAUUUAAUUCAACAACUUCUCUUGCUAAGUCAUCUACUGCAGCGAUCGAGCAGCGAGCUAAACUCCUACAGGUAUCGCAGAAGCAUCCAUACAAUGCGCUGUGGGCUCAAAUGGGAGACCUCUAUGGCGCGAUUGGGCUGCCGCCGCGACUGGCACGCACGGUUAUUUAUGGCACAGAAAAAUUAGCUGUAGAAAGGCUACUUAACAUACUGACAUACUUCAUACGGUGCGGUGAAGUGCGGCGGUCGGCGAAGCGGGAAGACUUCAGCAAGGACACAAUAAAUUCAUUAGUUCAACAGCGAAAAAAUGAAGUGUUGAAGAAGUCUAGCAGCGCCGCAUAUCAACGUGGUGUUGGCUUAGGUAGUCAGAAAAAGACUGCUAUUGCCACCGGCCUGGCUAUCGAUAGUAGCAGUGGUGGCGGGUUGAAACGCACCCAGACUUGUAAAAUAAAUUUGAACACCAUAGCAGACAGUGGAGAGCUAUCGGAUGUUCUUGUAGAUGAAGAAGAUAAAAAUAGCGAUGAAGAAGAAAUAGAUAGCGCUAAAAUUGUUCGUACAUUAAAAAAAAAUGAAAUUCCAAAUGUACUGGCUUUCAGAGAUUCUCGUUUCGUGCAACAAGAGUUGCGUAUCGGUAACUACCUCAUGGACACAGGCAUUGAAAAGAAAUCAUUGCUGCAAUUCGCGAAAUCUCAUAACAUUCAUAGCAAAUCUUCAGAAGAGAAAGAGGGACGAAUUCGAUUACUGAUAACCACACCAGACAAUGAAGAGAUGCCAAUAGAAGACGAAAGCUCACAGGGUGGUACAAGUACAAGUGAAGAAGGUGCCGUAGAAGCGAUAGAAAUCGAUUCUAGCUUUGACGGUAAUGUUACAUAUGCGGAAGCGGGUGUAGUGGAUACAGGAAAGCGACACUUCUUUUGGCAGGUGGUAAAAGAAGGUAUUGGUAUUAGCCAACUGCAACGCGGAGAGAAGAUGAGCGAUGUAGCUGACGUGGGUGAGUACGAUCAACUUUGUCAGCAAUUAGAAUUUGAGGGACCCAAGGCGAAUCUAUCACUGUCGGAUCUAAUUACACAGAACAGCAUUGGAAAGAGUGAUCGUAUGACAUGGGGCAUUGAACCACGACGUGAAAACGUUUGUCUUGAGGAACAUAUACAUUUUGACAAUUGCCAGAAGAAACGUGAUCAUGGCAUCGCAAAUGCUAGCGAAGGAGUAGUAUUUAUGUUAGGUGAAAAUGAGCCACUCGUUAAUCUUAAAAAGAGCAGUGAAGAUCUUACUAUUGCUGCGGAUAAGGAGGCGGUCCAAUCAGCUGAAGUUGGUGGUCAUGAUGACAACAAUACUCAACAAUUGUGCUCUCUGCAUCAACGUACUUAUGGAUCAAUAUCGAAGCGGCAUUCCGGUGUAAAAUUUAACUUUGAACAGUUCCCGCAGAUCGCAACUAACUACAUGAAAAGCAAAAACCUUGUGUUAUCAAACUAUGAUCUGCUAAUGGACAAGAGUGCGAAAUUAGAAUCUCAGGGCGGUGCUCUAACCUUAGACAGUCUAACUUCGGAGUCUUCUGCGUCUGCAUCCGCUUCUACGGCAACAGUCAGCAGUACAACAGUUAACUCUACAGAGUGCAUGGUAUGUAACAGUAUACUUAACUCAUAUCAGACGCCUUCCAAUGCCACUGAAUUGGAGUUCGAAACAGAUGAGAUACGCUCCCCGCAUUGCGCUCAAGGUGUCAAUAAGAUAAUAAAAGGGACAGCUGCGCCCGUGGCAUCAGCUAGUUCACGUACCCUUCAGUCUAUCAGUUCAGCUGCUUCGAUUGACACAUUGAAAUCUUCAUCUGCAAUUAAUUUUACUGAAGUGGAUGCUUCCGAUCAGAUAGCUGCAGUUGCACCUUCCCCCUCGCCUCGACAGAAAGCAUAUAAUACAAAUACACGCAAAGUGUCCUCGCAUCGUGGUUCUAUCUCGUCAGUUGCAGCAAAGUGCGCUGCUGUCAAUAGCGCUAUACAUUUGAUGAAACUGCCAGUGCCGGCAAUUAGGGAAAUACCACAAGAGGACGAACCAAGUGCUGUCGGUGGUAUGAAAUUGCGUGCCGGUUUCGUACCAUCGCUUUUUCUUAGCGUUAGCGAUCACUACGUAUCUGAUAUGGUAUUACAGGGUACUUGUGCACCACCGGACAAAUGGCAAUUAUCGCUGCGCGAGGAUCUGGUCUUGUCCGCACGUGCUGCAUCUCUAAUCUCAUUACCCGCUGAGAACGUGGCAAUUGUGGCGAACAUGGAAAAGUGGGAUGUGCGUCUAAUCUCAUCACAAAUGCAACAUUUUCCAUACGCAGGCGAACAAAGUACGCCGGUGGGCAUGUCUCAAUUGGUGUCCACUAUGCUCGAAACUGUGCAUGCUAUGAACAGCGCUGGUAUUUCGGCCUAUGAGUGUUUAUCCUUUCUUGAAUCGAAAAUGCAAGAAAUAUACCUGCAAUCGGAAUCGUUGGCGGCUUUUCUGCUCGAAACAGAGUUUUGCCAGUUGAGCACUGUAACAACUGCAUUAAAUCUUAGUGAAAAUGAUGUACCGUUGCUGUUAUCAAUUGCCUCCAUACAUACACCUCAAAUAGCUAAAAAAUGUGGAAUUAGCUUUAGAUGACAGACUCUUAUUUAACUAUAUUUAUUCGUUUGGUUCGGUACAUUAGCAAAGUACAUCGCUUUAUCACAAUUAAAUACUCAAGCGAAUCUUCAUAUAUUUCACAUAUUCAUAUUUCUUAAAAAUAUUUUAUAAAAAACAGGUUAGAUCACUGCUUUGAUCUUGUGAUAUGUUUAACAGCUAUAGAUUAGCAAAAUAUGUAAUACUUACUGUAAGGCGAUUAUUUACAAAAACUUUACAUUCACAUUUCCGGUAGCUUAUAAAUAAUAACAAAGUUUAUUACCAAAAGCAAUAUAUGUAUGUAUAUCGCACCUUUAUAAUUAGUCGAAAUUAUUGCAAAGCAAAGCAAUCGUGUAUUAUGGUAUCCAUUUCUGCUUAAGAAAUUUAUAAAUUCUAAGUAAACUAACUCAAGUCAGAUAAUUGUAAAAAAUAUUCUAAUUAACAUAGCAUAUAUGUAGAUAAAACGAAAUAGAUCGGAAGAAAAUGGUUUCUAAAAAAUAAUAACUCAACUUAUCUAUCGUACGUGAAUAAAGAGCAGGUACUCUGCUUUUAUUUUAAACUCAUGAGGAAAUAUCGAAAAGUUUAAAUUCGAGUGAGUUUGUUUAAUUAUAAAAGGUGCGACACUUGUAUGUUUACAUAACCAUGUGUAUGUAUGUAUAAGUAUUUAGUUUGCUCCUGUCGAUAUUAGUAAAAGUAUUUCAUAAAUCUUUAGAUUUGUAUAAAAAAUAAAUUAUUAUUGCAAUAGGCGUAUUUUGUGCCUAUUGUAUCAAAUUCAAUAGUUUCUACAUAUACAUUAGAACGUGGGUGUAUAAUAGAUCGAUAUAAUUAUAAGAAAAGUGUGAAAUUGUUCAUAGUGUAAGUUAAGAUUUAUAUUAUUCAUUAUCUCUUCAAGCAUUAAGAGUGCGAACAUGAAUUUAGUGCGAAGACACAUGUACAUAUACAUUCAUAUGUAUGUAUGUCGCUGUAAAAUGUAUAUAUGUAAAUACAUAUAUUUAUGGUAUACAAAAAAUAAUAAGUACAUAUUUUUGAUAAAAGAAAAAUGAUUUUUACUUCAAAUAUCGAGAAUGAAUCCAAUUUAACUGCUUAUAAGCAAAUCCUAGCGGUGCGGACGUUACGUUCGGAUGUUUCUUUUUGUCGGCAGAAAAUUAUAACUUAAUCAAGUAAAGAAGUAUAAGUUCGAGCGAAGCCUUGCUUUUUAUUCCCGGCGCACAGUGGUCUGAAAUCCAAAUCUAGGUGGACAAAACUAUUUACUCAAAGACGCGUUGACACAAUUUGACACUAGUGUGUUUCUAUAUGUGUUUGAGGACGCUGAGUACGAAUCUGAAGUUAGAUUUGAAAAACUCAAAAUGGCGGAUCAAAUAUCGCGAAAACGAAGAUUAAGAAAUCAGUAAACUGUCUUAAAACAGGGUUUUUUGGGGUUUUUGUGAUCGCUGAUUACGAGUUUGGAGAUGGUUGUUAAAGUAGAAAACAUUUUUAUUGUGAAUCAAAUAUUAUUUUUAUAAUAUUUCACAUGGUUCGGAUAGUCGAAUUGGUAAGAAAUUGUAUAAGUUGUGAACAUUGGGCAGAAUGAUUGAAAGUGUUAAUAAAUUUCGUCGUUGUCUUCUGUGCAAGCUUCACAAGUAAAAGUAGUACAUCUUUCGGCAGUUGUCUUUAAUUGACCACAAAUGUACUUAAUUUUUUAUAUUUAGCCAUUCUAUUUUUUUAG